AUGUUUCUGAUUCGUUUAUUACCCUAUUCUUCUUUUUCUUCUUCUUCUUCUAGCUCAACAACAAUCCUUGAAGAUGACAACAAACACGAUCUCGUUUCCUCAUUCAAUCGAUUGCUCCAUCAGCAGAACCCUACCCCAUCCAUCUUUCAAUUUGGUAAGAUUUUAGGUUCCCUUGUUAAGAUCAAUCAUUACUCCACUGUUGUUUCCCUUCAUCAACAAAUGGAAUUAAACGGAUUUGUUUCAAACUUAGUCACUUUGAGCAUCUUGAUUAAUAGUUUUUCUCAAUUGGGUCAAAACCCUCUUUCUUUUUCCGUACUCGCCAAGAUUUUCAAGAAGGGUUAUGACCCAGAUGCCAUAACUUUAACUUCACUCAUCAAGGGUCUGUGUCUUAAAGGUCAGAUUCAUCAAGCAUUGCACUUUCAUGACAAGCUGGCAGCGCUUGGAUUUCGUUUUAACCAUGUUAGUUAUGGGACCUUGAUCAACGGAUUAUGUAAAGUUGGACAAACAAGAGCAGCUUUGCAAUUGCUGAGACGAGUUGAUGGGAAAUUGGUUCAACCUGAUGUGGUAAUGUACACUAUGAUUAUUGAUAGUAUGUGUAAAGAUAAACUUGUUAAUGAAGCUUUUGAUUUAUAUUCUGAAAUGGUUUCUAAGGGGAUUUCUCCCGACGUUGUUACUUACAGUGCUUUAAUUAGUGGUUUUUGCAUUCUUGGUAAAUUGAAUGAUUCAAUUGCUGCAGGAACUUAA